AUGUCGGGAUCCUCUCUCGAAACGUGGGCAAUCCCUCGACUUGCUAAACUCCUUCCGUUGGACGAGGAGUCUCUCCGACAAGUCAUAUCAUAUUCAUCUUCUCUGUCUAAAGACGAAAGUGCAGAACAUUUGAGAAACCUGCUAGAUGACUCUCCGGCAGCUCUUGAGUUUAUCUCUGCAUUCAAUUCACGACGUGGCCAGUCAGAGCGACAGAACAACAAUGGUCAAGGCAGCAGAGGUGGACAGAUACCCAAGAAACAAGCCGGGACAAAAUCUCAGAGGGGUGCCUUGAACCCCUCGCCCACAGCUAGGCGACCAGAAGGAUAUGGAGAUACCAGUGGUGGGUAUACAAAGCCACAGAAGGAGGAGAACUACAUGGCCGGUAGCAGUUCUGGGCCCAGAGACGUUUCGGAGAGUGUAUCGCCAGCAUCAUCAUCAAGAAACCAAUCACCAGCUCCCUCGCAGUCGAAAAAUAGGCUACCGCCAUCUGCUACUGGGCCCAUGAUAUCGGAAUAUCUGCCAAAUGUUCGAUCAAAGAAAGUUCCGAAGAAUUUUGGACAACAUAAUGCUGCGCCGUCGUCAUCAAGCAAUAACACAGGGCAGAAAAAGACUGGCCGUACAACAACCGCCACUAAUGCCGCUACUACUACUACUACGACGACGAAUAAUAUAGCAGACAUCACAUCUGCAAUUGCCGCCUUGGAAAUACUAUCCUCAAAUCCCUCUAAGACCCAAACACGGAAGUGUAACUGCAACACUUCUAUCCACCCUCUCUUCACGCCAGCACCAAAUUGCACUUCAUGUGGGAAGAUAAUAUGUGCUCUGGAAGGCAUACAGCCGUGUUCGUUUUGCGGUACUCCGAUUCUCUCUAGCGAGGAAGUCGAAGACAUGAUCCGCGAACUACGAUCUGAGCGUGGUAAUGAGAAGAUGCGAGCCCAUAAUGACAGUUUCCGCCGCGAGGACAACGUCCCCGCCGCCGCUCGAACAAGCAUCGAAAGCAACACAAAGUUAACUGCUGCAAAGGCUCACCGUGACAAGCUCCUCUCUUUCCAGGCACACAAUGCGCAAAGAACUCGGAUUCUAGACGAGGCAGCUGAUUUCGAUAUACCUACUUCGUCUUCCACACAGUGGAUGACGCCGGCCCAGCGAGCACUGGCGCUGAAGAAGCAACAGCGCAUGCUACGGGAGCUGGAAGAGCAGUCCAAGCCGGAGUGGGAGAAGAAGAGCGUUGUUAUGAGCCUGGAGGUGAAGAAAGGGAAACUCGUUCGGACAUACGAGAAGGCAGAGCAGCCAAGGGCCGACGAAACCGAUACUGAUGCCAACGCAGAAGAGGCAGCCGAGAAUCCUACUGAGUCUCCUGAGCUGUCUGUAGGAGAGGGGACUUUCUCCAACAACCCCUUGCUAAAGGGCGCUGGCCUGGUCAGGCCUACAUGGAGACCGUCUGGCGAAGGUAGCGACAAGCUUCCUGUACGGAGAAGAGAGCAGAAGCAGGCCUGGAGACGAGUCCAGGACGACAAUGACGACAACGAGCAGUGGAUUCUUGACGGUGGCCUGCAUGGGUACGAUAGGGAAUCAGAGCCAGCGCAAUGCGGAUAG